CGUACCAUUCGUAUCGCUUCGCGCGUUGUUGGCUCUGGUCGAAUGGACACGGCCAUGGACAGAUAGAUAGAUAGACGACAGGCCUACGGGGCAGUUACCGCUGCAGAUAGAUAGAGCGAGGACAAGAUUACAACGACCAGCAACCGCUGCGAAGUCGGCUGUGUUCUAGUUCCAAAUUGUGUUCUAAGUGUGCGAAGGUGUAUGUGAGGUGCUACAUCAGAUACAUGAACAGCGCCAAUCGAGGUUUUGUAUGGAGAAAUUGCAGAACUCCAGCUUCCGGGCAGGACAACUUUCGAAAUGUGAAAAUAUCUAUGGAUUCGGUCGCAAUCGCACGGUGUCAGUGAGUACGGACCUGAAAUGUGCUGAUACAUGAGUUAAUGGUGUGCAGAGUUGCAAAUGAGCGCACCCCGGGCGGACACAAAGGCAUUCAUUUUUGUUCACGUUUUCUCGUUAUUGUUUGUCGCCGUGGCUCCAGUAAAGCAGAACAUAAUUCAAUGAAAAAAAAAACAAAAGUUGAAAACAGCAACGACAGCAGAAAUACAGUCUGUGCGGCAAUAAAGAGAGAGAGAGUCCAAUGGUUGGCCUACCCGCGUUCGAUUUUCGUGGCCUCCGAUCUGCUCCCGAGCUGCGAGAGAAAGUGAAUAGACGACGUGCACUGGGUUUUCCAGCGCCGUGAGUGUGCCGAGAUCGAAGUCGAGAACAACUCCCCCCAGAGUCCCGGAUUCGGGUUUUCAAUUCGGGUGACAGAAAAUGGCUCACUUCUCCAUCUCGGAAAUGCCGGACGUGAAAGUGACGGAUACGUUCCCGAAGAGCGGUCGUGUCACCGAAGUUUGUAAGGAGUGGCUUGUUCGAGAGGAUAGCGCUUUAGCAUACCAACUUCAGAAUAAAGAAAUCUCCGAACACUACAAGGGUAACAAACAUCGAAACCAAAUCGUCCGGCAAGACUUUCCAACAGCCCUUUCGGAGCAAAUCCGGGAAAAAGAGGAUGCCGAACGACAGGCUGCUUUGUACCAUCAAAUGAUCAAUGAGCAGGAAGAAAUGGAUGCCAAAGUAGCGCGAGAUAUUGCUCAACAGUUGAAGCGUGAAUCUGAAUUGAGACGCAGACUAGAAGCGGAGAAAGGUGAACUGUUGGCCCGAAAGCUCCAGGAACAGGCAUUGAUUGGAGGCGGUAGAAAGUCCCAUCGCCCCGUCGAACCUGAACUCGCUUUUCCACUGCCACCAAGAAACCACCCGAAACCUGUAUCGCAUCAACAGCAACAUCAAGUGCCUGCGAGACCUUCCUCCCUGCAUCAUGCCUCACCGUACAUAGCUCACUCACCACCGGGUCCUUCAACUUCAUCCGCAAUCGAGCCUCCAGACCUUCAUUAUGCAUCACUCGAACUCAACUCACCAAAGCGACCUCCUCCGCAUUCAAUGUUCCAGGAUGGACGAAAUCCUUCAGCGAACAUUUACCAGGAAAUUGCACACAACCCAUCUUCAAAAUACAAUCGCUAUGAGGAAGAUGAGGACGGCUACACUAACAUAAAUCUCCACUCACAUACUCCGGAGAAGAAGCAACCUGCAUUUCCAAACAACAACCGAAACGGCUCUACAUCCGUUGAUAUCGUGGACAGCAUUCGACAAUAUGAUCUGCCAUACGAUGGAGACUACAAUUAUCAACUGCCACCACCACCGUCGUUGAACGACAUCACAGGUCACAGUCAACGGUUUCCCAAUCAAAGACCCGCUCAACCAUCCGAACCAUACAAAUACAACAAUAAUGUUCACACCGAGGAUGACUUCCGCAACAACUCCAACUUCAACAAAAUAUCCCCGGAAAAAAUCGUUACUCCUCCAUCUCUGGCGAUAGGUGGCGCCUUCGGAGGACCCAGUCGGAGUUCUCGAGCGUCGGCCAUCAACUACAACGUGUACGACGACGACGACAUCGAUGAAGCACUCGCUCAACCACUACCAUCCAAUCACUCCGCCCAGCUCAAUCAAAUUGGACUACCGUCCAUGGGUGCAGAACUGGGCAUGGCGUCCAGUUCCGGUGCUAGUCCGAAGUACCACAGCAACGGAAGUCAUUCGCACCAUCAUCACCACCAAAAUCCGCACCUUUAUCAGAACCACCAUCCGCAUCACGCGCAACAGCUUCAGCAGCAGCAGCAGCAACAACAACUACAAUCUGCAGCGCACCAUAGUCAGGGUCAUGGUUCAUCGCCUUCGCACUCCAAAAGCGGAAGCUACGAAAAGGCUGACAGGAUACGAGCGCUCAAGGAGAUUGGACUGCCACCGGAUGAGAUACAGGAGAUCGAUAAGAGGCUAGAACAGGAACUGAAGGAUGAGGAACUCGCCCGAAAGCUCCAAGAACAGGAAGCGGAUGAACUGGACCAGGAGGUGAUUGAUCGUCGCGUUGCGAUGGAAGCCCAAGACAAAGAAUUGGCCAAGAUGCUCCAGGAACGAGAAAGAGCCAAAGCAAAACGAGCACGGGAAAAGGCUCGGCUCAAAAAGGAAAUGCAACGCCAACAGCAGCAACUUCAAGAACCACAUUCCGGUGACGGGGAUGACCCCGCUGGCGAGCCGAGUUCUUCGUCGCAUCUACCGAUCGGCGAUCAGCAACAACCCGAAUCUCUAGAGGCGGACGGUGGCGAUCCGGAUGAUGGCGAUUCUUAUUCUAAUCCAAUUGAUAUGCUACAACAAUCACAGGUGGCUAGUGCAACCGGAAACUCCGGGGGAAGCAUCGGAAGUGCUAAGCGGUACUAUGGAGCCCCAGCUCAUUCACCAGAACAUGGCGGUGGUGCAGUUCACAAAGCGCAGGGCAGCAUUUCAUCGCAUGGGUCCGGAUCAGGGAGUCACUAUGUAAACUCACAUGUUUCACCAAAUGACGAUAGCUACUCGAACCCCAUCGACAUGAUUCGGCAGCAGAAAUCUACACCGAACUUGAAGCUUUCCGCCAAUGUACAGAGGCUAGUGGAAAACGGUCGGAAGGAGGACGACAUCUAUGUGUUGCCGAUCUCCGAUGGUGGCGGUGAGAAUCGAAGCCCUCAGCGACCGGGCCAUCUGGAUGUGAGAGGAAUCACAAAUCGGUCAUCUUCUGGAUCGAGAAAUCAAUACACUGACGAAAACAUUGCUACCAAAAUCGAUCCGACGUUCAACACAUCCGGUACCAGCCCAAUGAACACCAGCUCGAUGACUGCGUCGACGCUUUCCUCACCUCCAGAUAUCUUGGAGUUCUCCGAUCCCGGCUCAUCUAGUCCAGUGCCACCGUACAUGCCGAUACAAGGAACGCGGCGCAACACCUCAGCCGACAAUAAGAAACGAAAAUCAAAAGAACGUUGUGCUCAACAGUAGGAACGCAAGGAAAUGCAAUGCGAGAGAGUUUUCUAUUUGUACCGUUUAUUGUUACUUAAGUGCACGUACGAUAAUCUACGCACAAAUUGCUUCACUGCGAUAUUCUAGUUAUACUCGAUAGGGAAUCUUUUGAGUACAUUUAAAACCGGAUUGUUAUAUAAGUGUCUAUGGGACAAUAACCUUCUUGAAAACGAAAACUGCAGGCAGCUUACGGGAGAAGCUGCAAAUCGUCGAUAUUUAUUACGUUAUUAUGAUUAAGCAUAUUGAUACGAAACUAGGAAUAUACUCCUCCAUAGUGAAAUCAUCAAAGAUGAGAAUCGAGAUAACUCUCGGUUGGGGCAGAGGCAGGAAUAAACUUGUAAUUCUGUGCUGCUUGAUUAUGAUGAGUUCAUUUGUAUCUACAUUUUGUACAAUUAUUUAUGUAUUUUUGUGAAAUAAAAUGCAUUUUAUUUA